GUCUUUGUACGGGACGGGCAGGCCUCUCCAUUGGUCGGGGCAGAAAGGGGAGGGACCCACCGGGAGUCUGAUUCUUUAAACAAACUUUUCAGUUGGACUGCCUGCUUCCCUUCCCACUGCUGUGUCGGACCCAGACAAAAGGAGUUUGUACUUCUACCUGAAGCCAAGGCCCAGAUCCAGCCGCCACCAUGUCGAGCAAACGCGCCAAGGGAAAGACCACCAAGAAGCGCCCUCAGAGGGCCACCUCCAACGUGUUUGCCAUGUUUGACCAGUCUCAGAUCCAGGAGUUUAAAGAGGCGUUCAACAUGAUCGACCAGAACAGAGACGGUUUCAUCGACAAGGAGGAUCUGCACGACAUGCUGGCCUCUCUGGGUAAGAACCCCUCUGACGAAUACCUGGAGGGGAUGAUGAGCGAAGCACCAGGACCCAUCAACUUCACCAUGUUCCUCACCAUGUUUGGAGAGAGGCUCAACGGAACGGACCCUGAGGAUGUCAUCCGCAACGCCUUUGCCUGCUUUGAUGAGGAGGGAUCUGGUGUGAUUCACGAGGACCACCUGAGAGAGCUGCUGACCACCAUGGGCGAUCGCUUCACAGAUGAGGAGGUGGACGAGCUGUUCCGUGAGGCACCCAUAGACAAGAAGGGCAACUUCAACUACGCAGAGUUCACCCGCAUCCUCAAACACGGCGCCAAAGACAAGGAUGAUGAGUAGAGGGAGGAUACAACUGCCUCAGGCCCCCCCCCCCGCACACAUAACACACCACAAAUCAAUCCCUAGUUCCUACCUUUGUGGACCUUGUAGGUUUGAGAGAAACUGAAUAGGAAUCCAUGUAGGGAAUACUCUAUAACAAUUAAAGAAGGACAGAAGCAACUUGUGUUGCAUUUAUUUAGAUCUACAUGUUUAUCAAAGGUAGAAUCAUGGGAUUCAAAUAUUCUGCAAUACACUACUUUUCAGUUUGUAUCAUCACUGAAGGUUUAUAUUCAUGAAGAGAGGUGUAUCACAGUAUCUGCAUCUCAUGGCUACAAGUCUCCUGCAGCUUCAUCCACUUUUUGACUGCAGUUGUUCUGACCUUUGUAGAGAACCUGGUUGAAUGGUUCAGAUGCAUUUAACACCAGUAUGUGUGUAUGGGGGGUGUGUGUGUUUGGACUGUCAAAUUCAGUGCUACAUUACAGUACCAGCCAUGUUUACCUCUUCCUGCCAAUUAGCUACCACACCUGCACAGGCACUGCAACAAAGUCUCCUUCUCUGUAAUAUUUGUGUCCAUGUAUGUUGGAAAUGGAGAAAGAAAUUGGUCAUUAUGUUUAUGUUGUAUUGCUUUUCGACAAUCAAAAGUGGUGAGUACUUCCACUUGAUGAAAUGGUUACUAGAAAUUUUAGUCUAAACUCAUAUCUUCCUCCCUUCAGCUGGUUGUGUGUAUUUGUUGAAGGAUCAGGUAUGUCUGUGUUGUUGAAGGAAUUCAGUUUUGUAACUCCUCAGGCAAAUAAAGUAAAUUUAUUAAUGCCGUUGACCGCAAA